UAUGUUUACAUUCUACUUUACAACAGCACAGCCACAAGUGCGUAGUUCUAUUCUUUGUUACACCAUUGCACCGAGAACAAGCUCAUCUAAUUAUCCGAGUGAGUCACACGUUAGGCUGAUAAAUACGUACGCAAUGGCCAGCGAACCUAAGUGCGGAGGAGUUUCGGACGAUCCGGAGCUAAACAAGGAAGAGCAUGCGGAGCGCAUCGGUGCCGCCCUGGCCACCACGGAUGGUCAUGCUGGCAAAGCGUACAAACUGCACCGCGUGACGAAGCAGGUCGUGGCCGGGGUGCAGUACGUGUACUUCAUUUCGUUCGAGAAUGAGGAAUCUGGCCAGCAGUACAAGAUAACCGUUUGGGAGCGACCCUGGCUGAAGGAAAAGGAUCCGGCCGAGGCACGCAAGAUCACGUUCGAGGUGCACAACGGAUGACGAAUUCAGAUCUGUCUCAGUGAGUCAUCGUGUUUGUAUGUUUGUUAAAAGCGUCUCUCGCUUCGUUUAUUGAGUAAGAUCAACAUUUUGUAUGUUUUGUCAUAUUUCGGGUGGAUGAUAUGAAUAUUGUUACAAUUAGUUUUUUGGUUAAUACAAUAAAACAGGUUUAAAACGAA